CACUCACUAACCACAGUUUCUCUCUCGCUGUCUAUCUCUCUCUAGAAUAUUAUUGAAUCCAACAAAACAAGUAUAUAUUCAAAUCCUUAAAAAAUUAUUAAAAAAAAAAAAAAACCCAUCUUCCUCUUCUUUUAGGGUUUUUUUCUUAAUCCCCAUUUUUACUCUACAAACUUGAUAAAGUUUCAAUCUUUUCACCAUAAAAAAAGCAAGAAUAUAUAAUACUUCCAAUCUUUCUAUUAUUAGAAGCUUAAGUUGUUAGCAUUGAAGUUAAUGCAUUCUUGUGGGCCCCCCCAAGGUACAAGCUUUUUUCCUAUAUUAAUUUCAAGAUUUUUAGUAAUGUGUGUGGUUUAGGAUUAUAGAUUGUUUUUUCUAGGAUAAAAGAUUUAAUUUUUAGGAAAAAAUAUUGAAUUUUUAUAAUGGAAGAUUUAAUUUUUCGGAAAAAAGAUUGAAACUUUAGGAUAAAAAAAGGGAUUUAAGUUGGGGUUUUAGGGUUUUGUUUAGUGGAAAUGAUAAAGCAAAUAUUAAAUAAGCUUCCAAGAAAACCAUCUUCAAAAACUUCACAAAAUGAUGGUGGAAAAAAUGAUAUAUCGAAUUCGGGGGUUUCGAAUAGUGGAAAUAAGACUGUUUCUUCAUCGGGUAAGAGUUCGAGUUUGAAUGCGAAUACGGAUUCAGGUUUGAGUAAGUCUGUUAAUGGAAGUUAUACUCCGAAUGUUAAGUCAAACCAAGGGAAGAAAUCGGGUCAAGUUGGGUCAACCCAAGUUAGUCAAGGAUUGAAUCAUAUUGCUUAUGAACAGUUGCCUAGUUUUCGUGAUGUACCCGCUUCUGAAAAGCAGAGUCUUUUUAUUAAAAAGUUGAGUAUGUGUUGUGUGGUGUUUGAUUUUAAUGACCCGUCGAAAAAUUUGAAAGAAAAAGAUGUGAAACGACAGACUUUACUUGAGCUUGUUGAGUAUAUAACAUCAGUUCCUUCAAAGUUUAAUGAGGUUACAAUGCAAGAAAUGGUGAAAAUGGUAUCUACAAAUCUUUUUCGGACUUUUCCUUCUUGUAAUCAUGAUAACAAACUGCCAGAAGUUUUUGAUCCGGAAGAUGAUGAACCAAGUAUGGAACCGUCUUGGCCUCAUCUUCAGAUUGUGUAUGAAUUUCUUUUGCGGUUUGUGGCUGCACCAGAAACUGAUGCUAAACUUGCUAAACGAUACAUUGAUCAUUCGUUUGUUUUAAGAUUGCUUGAUCUUUUUGAUUCAGAAGAUCAAAGGGAAAGGGAGUAUUUAAAAACUAUCCUUCAUCGUAUUUAUGGAAAGUUCAUGGUGCAUCGUCCGUUUAUUAGAAAAGCCAUUAAUCAUAUCUUUUAUACUUUUGUAUUUGAGACCGAGAAGCAUAAUGGCAUUGCUGAAUUGCUUGAGAUAUUGGGUAGCAUUAUUAAUGGUUUUGCAUUGCCUUUGAAAGAAGAGCAUAAGCUUUUUCUUAUGCGGGCAUUGAUUCCCCUUCACAAGCCCAAAUGUUUGUCAAUGUAUCAUCAGCAGUUGUCUUAUUGCAUUACACAGUUUGUGGAGAAGGAUUUUAAGCUGGCUGACACGGUGAUAAGAGGAUUAUUGAAGUAUUGGCCCAUAACCAAUAGUUCAAAAGAGGUCAUGUAUCUUAGUGAAUUGGAGGAGGUUUUGGAAUCUACCCAGGCCGCAGAGUUUCAAAAAUGCAUGGUGCCUCUCUUUCGCCAGAUUGGUCGUUGUCUUAACAGUUCACAUUUCCAGGUAGCUGAACGUGCAUUGUUCUUGUGGAAUAACGAUCACAUAAGGAAUCUAAUCAUUCAAAAUCGCAAGGUGAUCCUGCCCAUAAUCUUCCCUGCUUUGGAGAAAAACACACGAAGUCAUUGGAAUCAAGCUGUUCAAAGCCUAACAUUAAACGUAAGGAAAAUAUUUUCAGAUGCCGAUCAAUUGCUAUUUGAUGAGUGCCUGGUCAAAUACCAAGAAGAUGAACUCAAAGAAAAGGAAAACAACAAGACACGUGAAUUGACUUGGACCCGUUUGGAAAAUGUAGCAGUCUCUGAAAGCAAUGUAUCCGAGCUGGUCUCAAAGCUUGCUUCACUCACAACUGCAAGUAGCUGAUAUACUGGUUAAACCUGAUAUACUUUUCGGUUUUGACCCCAUCAGCCUAGCUAUUUGCAUCUUCUGUUUGACUUUUGGGUUUGACCCGAAUGAAGUUCGGUUCAGUUAUUUGAUGGGGCCGUGCUCAUUUGGAGUUUAGAUGAUGAUUUUGAAGAACAUAAUGAAAUGGGUGAGGUUGGGGUUUUUGUGGAUAGAAAUGUACCCUCUUUUUUUUUUGUCUUGUUUAUUUUGUUUUAAUUUAUGCUUGUGGGUUGUAUUAUCCGCCAUUGAUACGUUGUAGUAUAAAAACCAGUUCAAAAGAGGAAGUGUUUCUAUGGAUUUCUACUUGCAUAAUGUUAUUAGUGUGAUGAUGAAGAAAAUCUAUUGCUUUUUAAA